AUGUAUAAGCUGGCCUCCUGCUGUUUGCUCUUCAUAGGAUGCCUCAGCCCUCUCUUCUCUCUUCCUGUCCUUGACUCCAUGGAAGAGUCCCUGCAGCUCUCAGCACCCGAAGAUGUCAGAUCAGCUUUGGAUGAGCUGGAGAGAGCAUCCCUUCUGCAGGCGCUGCCAGAGAUGUCCGGUGCGGAGACGGGAGACGGUCUUAGGAAAGCAGAUGCCAGUACCAACAUUUUUUACCCAAGAGGAAGUGUGAGAAAGGUAAGUAGUUUCAUGGCUUUCUCUGGACAAGAUCCUACCGAUUUACUGGGUCACCUUCUGGCCAGAAUCAGGAAACAACAUAAGAAGCGUGGACCUCCCUCUGAAUGUUUCUGGAAAUACUGUGUCUGAAGUGAAAUGAACAUCUACUGGUCAACUCAAAAGCCACCACCGUAGAAAAUUUUAAACAAAGAUGCUUGAUUUGAAAGCAGUAUAGACGAAAAACUAGGCAAACUCUACCCUGUUCAUUAUUA